AUGGAUAAACUUAAAGAAAGAUCUCAGUUAGGAGACUUUUGUGCCCAGUUCGGUUUACCUGAUACUUCUGCUGGUAGCAAGAAGAAGAAAUAUAGGGAUUCUAACUCUGAUAAACCUUAUAGGAAAAAAGAGAAAGGACCUGCUCCAUCAUCUGCUAGUGCACCUGCACCAAGGAACGAAUGUGAGUAUAAUAGUCAAAAUUCUCAGAACUUCAGAGCUAGACCUGAACAUUCGCAAGGUAGUAAGGCACAAGGGGAUACUAAGACUCCUGCAUGUGCUAAGUGUGAUAUGGCUGAACGGAAACAUGCUCAAAUUGCUCCAAGUGGGAGUGGUACUAAUAGAGGAGAAAAAAGAAAUGGUAGAAGGAUGCGACACAAAAGGAUCAAAAUAGAAAAUGAUUCAGAUUCAGAGUCAGAAGUCAUAGGAAAUGAUUCAGAUUCAGAGUCAGAAGUCAUAGGAAAUGAUUCAGAUUCAGAGUCAGAAGUCAUAGGAAAUGAUUCAGAUUCAGAGUCAGAAGUCAUAGGAAAUGACUCAAGGUGGCAUCUUUCGGCGGCUAUUGACAUACCUCAUUUAGAAGAUCAAUCACCGUUUUGA